GCCCCUGCGGGAUUACGAGGGGGUGGUAACAGGGCCCGAGUCUCCCGCCAUCUUGGGUCCUAGCGGUAUUUUUCCAGCUCUGGGAAGAGCGGCCUGACCCGCAGCAGAGAUUCUUGGUAAACCCCAGCUCGGCUUAUGUAUGGUUAGCCUGCUCCAGGUCUUAUUUCUGCAUUCUGAUCUGUUUCCACACCAGUACUACACCAGUACCACAGUGUCUUGAGUGCUGUAACUUUAUAAUUAGUCUUAAACUCAGAUUUAGAGUCUGAUUCUAAGGAAAAAUAGUUUCCCAAAUUUCACACAAUUAAUUGAGUACUGAUAUCUGAAUCCUGUGUAUACAGUAAAAUGGAUUCUACAUCUUUCUUACCAACAUUUUUAGAUGUGGAUCUGACAAUAUCACAUAUUAAAUGUCUUCCCAAGGAUAUUCUGGUGAAAUUUCAAGGCAUAAAGAAUAAUGAAUGUGCGUUUGACUACCACGUAUUGCAGAGAGAAAUACAACAUACUCCAAAAGUGAAAAAUAACGUGGAAAUUGAUGAAUUUUGUUUGGUGGAAGAAAGAGUAUCUGGAGAAUGGCAGAGAGGAAGAGUCGUGGAAAAGAAAAAUGAACUCUAUACAGUGCUUCUCAUAGAUCGCGGAGAAGAACUAAGAGUUGCUGGUCCACAGAUUGCUUCAGCCUGUGGCAAUUUAUUUGAGCUACCGCCACGGGUAGUAUUUGGUAUUUUUGCGAAUAUACUACCAGUUGGGGAAAAAUGGUCCCCUAAAGCUUUGAAUUAUUUCAAGUCAUUAGUAGGAAUACAAGUGAAAGGUUAUGUGCAAGCUAUUCUACCUCUGCAAAUGUUUCUUUUUGAAGUGCCAAAAAUUAUAUCUCAGGCUCUCGAGUUACAAUUAGGAAGACUUGUUGAUGGAGAUUCAUUUCGUCUUAUUGUGGAAAUGUUAGAAGAAUUCCCUCAACAAAUGCCAGAUGUAUUACAACAUAAAAGGCCUGAAUUGUCAUUAGGUAAUAAAGAUACUUCACUUGAUAUUCAACAUGUUCUGGAUAAGUUGCAGCCAUCUUUGUCAGUAGGAAGUACUGAAAGUGUAAAGGUAUCAUCUGCAUUGAGCCCAAGUAAAUUUUAUUGUCAGUUAAUUAAAUGGACUCCAGAGCUAGAAAACUUGACAGCACAUAUGACUUUGCAUUAUGAUACCGUCUGUCAAGAAACUAGUCCCACGUGUGAUAAUUUUGGGCUGCUUUGUGUUGCCAGAAGGCGAAAUGGACAGUGGCAUAGAGGAAUUCUUCAGCAGCUCUUGCCCCCAAAUCAAGUAAAAAUUUGGUUUAUGGAUUAUGGCAGUAGCGAGGCUAUACCCUCAAUUUAUGUAAAGAAACUUAAACAGGAUUUUAUUUUAGUACCAUUAUUUUCAUUUCCAUGUUCUCUGACAUGUUUGCACGGUCCAGAUAGAGAUGCAAGAAUAUUUCAACUGAGUAUAUUUAAACAGGCCUUAUUAGGACAAGUGGUAUAUGCACACAUUGAUUGGUUCAAUAAGGAUGAGCGUUUGUAUUAUGUGACAUUACAAACUCAAGAGUCUACAGUUAAUUCUAAGUGUCUACUGAAGACUGUAGGCACACAAGUACUUUGUCCGAUGUCUGAUUCAAAAAUCUCCAAUAUCUUGAGUGAGACAAGUGUGUCUGAUGUAAACAGCUUUGCAGUUGAGAGUUUUAUGGGAAAUAUUGAAUGGUCAAUAGACUCUCUAAAUAAAAAAGGCAUUUUAAAAGUAGGUUUUCCCAUUAAAACAGUACAAAUGGAGAUAGAGGCUGCCUACAUAGCUUUUAUAGCAUAUGUAUUAAACCCAUCAAAUUUCUGGGUACGCACUAAUGACCAUCAGAAUGAAUUUCAAGAAAUAAUGAAAAACAUAAACAAAUUUUAUGAUUUGUGUGAAAACGAUGAAAUGAUUCUAAGAAAACCUGAACCUGGAUUAUUUUGUUGUGCUAGAUAUAGCAAGGACAGACGUUUUUACAGAGCUGUCAUCACUGAAAUUAAUGGUUAUAAGAUUAAUGUUUAUUUUUUGGAUUAUGGUAAUACUGAUUCCAUACCAUUUUUUGAUGUAAAAAUUUUGCUUCCAGAAUUUUGUGAGUUGCCUGCCCUAGCGAUGUGCUGUUCACUUGCACAUAUAUUUCCUGUUGAAGAUUUAUGGACUAAGGCUGCAAUUGAUUAUUUUAAAAAAUUAGUUUUGAACAAAGCAAUUUUGCUUCAGGUUAUAGCAAAAAAAGAUGACAAGUACACUGUAAAUAUUCAAAGUGUUGAAGCCUCAGAAAAUAUUGAUGUUAUCUCUCUUAUGUUACAGGCUGGAUAUGCAGAAUAUUUUCAAGUAGAACUAGAAUAUUUUCCAAAAUCUGUAAGUGAAUAUUCAAUGCUAAAUUCAGAAUCUAAAAACAAAGUUAAUAUUAAAAAAGUCAUAUCUGCCCUUCUUGAAGGACCUAAAUCUAAAAAGUACCAUUCAAAUAACCUGGUGGAAAAUAACUUGUCUUUGCCAAAGUCCCUAGCUGUUAAUAUCUCAGAAUUUAAAAAUCCUUUCACCUUGUCUGUGGGACCUGAGUCAUCCUGGCCUUAUAAAGAAUAUAUUUUUAGACCAGGAACAGUUCUUGAAGUUAAAUGUUCCUGUUAUUAUGGCCCAGGUGACUUUUCAUGCCAGCUCCAAUGUAAGUCAGAAGACCUAAAAUUACUAAUGGAGCAAAUUCAGAAUUACUAUAGUAUUCAUUCUGAUCCUUAUGAGAUUGGGCAGACUGCUUGUGUUGCUAAGUAUUCUGGGAAGUGGUGUAGAGCUGCUGUUUUGACUCAAGUAUCAAAAGAAGUUGACAUAGUGUUUGUUGAUUAUGGUUACCAAAAAAGGGUUUUAAUUGAAGAUCUUUGUGCAAUUAACCCACGUUUUCUCUUGUUAGAAAGCCAAGCCUUCAGAUGUUGUCUUAACCAUUUUAUUGAGCCUGUUAGUUGUAAAUUAUUCAGUUGGACAAGAAAAGCAUUCAGAGACUUGUGGAAUUUUAUCUCUUCAUCUAGAGGGUUAUUGACUUGUAUCGUCUAUGCCUUAGUUAUUAUACAUCCAAACCAUUUAUAUAACUUAGUGGAUUUACAGUCCUCAUUUACUAGUGCAAAAGAAUUUCUUAUGAAUCGUGGCUCUGCUCAGUAUAUCACAUUAUCAGAGACAUUCCCAUCUUUAGUUAGUCUUUACAGUUACUGUUAUUCUUCCUUUAAUAUACAAAUUGGAAGUGAAGAAGAAGUAUAUAUAUCUCACAUAUAUAGUCCCAAAAAGUUUUAUUGCCAGCUUGGCAGAAAUAAUAAAGAUCUAGAGAUGAUAGAAACAAAAAUCACAGAGAGUGUUAACCUCCACAAUUUUCCAAAAUAUGAUUCUAAUAAAAUGAGAGUGUGCAUAUCUAAGUAUGUAGAGGAUGGUCUCUCAUACAGAGCUUUAGCAAUACCAACAGAUUCAUCAUCUGAGUUUCAAGUCUAUUUUGUAGACUUUGGAAAUAAGCAAUUAGUAGGAGAAAAUAUGUUGAGGGCCAUUUCAGCUCAGUUUCCAGAGUUGUUGUUUACACCUAUGCAAGCUAUUAAGUGUUUUUUGUCAGAUCUUAGGGAUGUAGAUAUUCCAGCAGAAAUCAGUAGUUGGUUUAAAGACAAUUUCUUGGGAAGAUCAUUAAAGGCGAUAAUAUUGUCCCAGGAGUCAGAUGGACAGCUUGGUAUAGAAUUGUAUGAUGGAUCUCAAUAUAUAAAUGAGAAAAUUAAAGUGUUGCUUCAUGCUUAUGGAAAAAGACAUUGUGACCAAGCAUGCUGCAUGGAAAAGAGUAAUAAAAUAAAUGAGAAUAAGAGAUUUACUACUUCUUUGAAAGGCAAAGCAGGAAACAACUAUCACCAUAAUGUGAUAAAUAAACCUAGUCCAGUAACAUAUUCUGAAAGAAAAAUAGACCAAUUGAUGCAUCCCAAAAAUAUACAUGCCAGGUUUUUGAAGCCAUCAGUUUGUUAUAAAAUGGAACCUGUGUCAAAAAACAAAAUGAAGACUUCUUUGAACGAUGGGCUUAAAGGUAUAAAAAUUGUCCCUGGAGCUGCACAUAUUCUUGAGAACAGGGGUGUGGGCCAAAAAUCAGUAAAGGUUGUAUCACAGUCUUUUAUCAGAGCAUUAAAUCAAACAACCUCACAAAACCCAUAUGACCUUAUUAGGCCACAGAUCAAAGACCUUCCUCAACCGCAAAUUUAUUUGAAUGCCAAAGUUAAAGGGUAUGUAUCUAAUAUCAGUAAUCCAGCAAGUUUCCAUAUUCAGCUUGCUGAGAAUGAAAGUGUAAUUAUCAGACUUGCUGAUGCUCUAAAUGCAACAGCAAGGAGAUUGAGAGAGAGAAAAUCAGUUAAACCUCUAGUGGGAGAUCUUGUAGUUGCAGAAUAUUCUGGUGACAAUGCCAUUUACAGGGCAGUUAUUAAGAAAAUUUUGCCAGGAAAUUCUUUUGAAGUAGAAUUUAUUGACUAUGGUAACGCUGCAAUAGUAAACACAUCUAAAAUUUACGAACUUCAGAGGGAAUUUUUAACUGUUCCUCAGCUAGGAAUCCAUGCUUUUCUUAGUGGAGUAAAAUGGAAUGAGCCUGAUGAAAUAUGGGAUGACAAAACUGUGGAUUAUUUUACUUCGAAAGUACAUAACAAAACAGUUUAUUGUGAAUUUUUGAAAAAGCAUGAUCAGAAAUGGGAAGUAAAUAUGAUUUGUGAUGAAAGAUGUGUCAUUAAUGAACUACUGAAAUGGAAAGCAUGUUCAAAACUGCAGAAGUCAGCAUUGCAAAUGCCUCAGGUUCUCUCUCAAAAGGUGAGGCCAGGUGAUAAUGAAAUGAAGAAAGGAAAAUCAAAUGAGUCUGAAGGUUCUAUGAAUUCGAACCAACAGCUGUUUAAAAUUCCUUUGGAAGAAUUCAAACUUGGACAACUUGAAAAAGCUGAAAUGCUUAAUGUUUCAAAAAGUGGAAGAUUUUAUGUGAAGUUAUCCAAAAAUAAAAAAAUUUUAUCAGAUUUAAUAGUAUUAAUUACGAAAGAAGAAGAAAAAUGCCCUUUUUUAUCAAUGGAAAGUAUUGAAAAAGGUUUAGAAUGCUUGGCAAAAUCUAAAAAUACCUUGAAAUGGCAUCGAUCAGAAGUAGAAGAAAAGUAUGUUGAUGAUAAAGUACUUGUUUUUUUAGUAGAUUGUGGUAUCUAUGAAAUAGUACCUGUAUGUAAUACCAAGCUGCUUAGCAAUGAAAUAAGAAACAUUCCUAGACAAGCUGUACCUUGUAAAUGGAUUUGGUUUGAAAAUUCUAAGAACAUGUCGUUUGAGUGCUUAUUUGCUGAUUUGGAAAUAAAUAUUCUUUUCCUGAAAUAUUUAGAUGCUGUUUGGGAAGUAGAAAUUUUGGUAGAUGACCUGUUACUUUUGGAAUACUUAAAUUUGAAUACAGUUCCUGUUGAAGAAAACAAACUUAGACCUGCAGAAAUUGUUUACAACAUUGAAUCUAAGACUCCUGUAUCAUCAUGCACAAUAAAAUCAUUUACUUGGGUUCAAUUCCAAAAUGAUAGGCAGUAUUCUGGUAUUGCAACUGCUGUUUCUGAUCCAUCAGACUUCAGUAUUCAGUUAGAAGAUUUCUUUGACAUAAUGAAAUACCUUUUUAUGUUGCUUUCUGAUCUACCAGAGACCUUACAAACAUUGCCUCAGGAGUUCAUAAUUCCCGGUUCUAGUUGUUUGUUCAAAUAUAAAUCGGAAGAUCAGUGGAAUAGAGUAGAAAUUUCUGAAGUCUCACCUCAGUCUUUAUGUCUUGUGUUGGUUGACUAUGGAUUUUCUUUUUAUAUACAUUAUUCAGAAAUUAUAAAUCUUAAAGUUGUUCCUGAGGAACUUUUGAAUUUGCCAAGGCUGAGUUAUCCAUGUAUUUUAUAUGGUAUCUUACCUGCUAAAGGAAAACAUUGGAGUGAAGAAGCCAAAAGCUUUUUUCGAGAUUUCCUAAGUAAACCAGACUUAGUUUUUCAGUUUAGGGAAUAUCAUUCUGAAACAAAACUGAAAGUAGAUGUCAUUCAUGAGAAAAACAAUUUGGCAGAUAUAUUAGUUGCAUCUGGUCUCGCAACUUAUUCUAAAGAUUCAGCUCAUCUUGAUGCAAUUACUGCUACUGAAUCUACUAAAAAUCCAAUAUAAAUUACAAAGUAAGCCUAUUUUCCCAUUGUUAGAUCAAAAUUGUUACAAAAAACAAAAUAUAAAUUUUACAUACACUGAGAAACAAAAGUGUAAACAAAUCUACAAAGAGGAAAGAUGUCUGUAAGAACCUCUUUAGGAAAAUUCGUAUUAGUAAAAGAUUACAUUCUAGAAAUUUAACAGUGAGAAAGAAAGUUGGUAGUGGAAAACAUUUCCAGAGUACCAUUUUGUUUGAUACAUGUACAACAACUUCAUUUUGGGAACUGCCUGAUGGUUUGAAGAACAGCAGUUAUGUUGAAGACAUUUUUGAAAAACUACCAACUGAAGGAAUACAGGAAAAUAAGACAAUGAAUGUGAGAACAGCAGUAAAAACAUUGCAUGAUAAUAAAAAAAAAACACAGAAGAACACUUAAAAGGUAAACAGACAUUUUUAUAAAGUAGAUUAUUUUCUGUAGAUUCUUUUUAUUUGAUUCUUUAAAAGUUUUUCAUGUACUAACAUCCAAAUUGAAAAUAUAUUGCAGGAAAACUUACUAGAAAAUCUGGAUAAACGGAUGAACUGGAAGUGGCCACUAUGAUUCUAAAACGUUGCUUCAUUAUCUUUACAUUUUUUGAAUGGUGAAGUUUUUAGAAUGUAGUGAAAGAUUUUAACCACACAUGCAUGCACACACGCAUGACAUUUCACAAAUAAUUUCAAGGGUUUCAUAAAACUCCUAAAUGUCUGUAGAUCUCAUGUUAAUAAAUCUUGCUAUUAUUAGUAAGCUCCCUGCGCUUAUUUUGAAGAAUCAUUUUUCUGUUAUAUAUAGUUUUAUAUCAUAUGAAAUGUCUUUAGGUUUUUUGAGUGUGCUUCUAGCAUAUUUCUGAACCAGAUAAAUUUAUAAAUAAACUGACUAGCAUAUUUUCUCUUAAAUCUUUUAGAUGUCAAACUGAUUCUAAAAUAUUGUUAAAAUUUUAAUAUUUUAUGCACUACAGUAUUGUCUGAUUUUGUUUAUCCACAUUACAUUCAUUUUCUGUAUGGAUUAGUUACUGAGGAUUUUGUAGGCUGUAAAGAAUGUUCCCUGGCAAAUGUUUGUUUUGACUUUAUAAAUAAAAUGUAUAUUAUUCCACA